CAUCGACACCGACACCGACACUUUAUAAUUGAAAUAUUCCAAAAGUGGUGAAGGGAGUAAUAAAUUUGCAUAGAUGAAUUCUUCCAGCGAUAUUGCUAUGGGUGAACUGCGUGAGCGGCACGUAGAAAGCGGGAAUGCUCCUAGGGAAGAGGAGCAGGCCGCGCUGGUAAUUACCCCGCGAACGGCAGAUCGAGGCAAAGAUGCUUGGUUGUUUCUAGCAGCUAGCACUGUUAUCGAGGCUCUCGUAUGGGGGUUCUCAUUCUCAUUUGGGGUGUUCCAGGACUACUAUAGCACUCAUGAACCCUUCGCCGGUGCAACUAACAUCGCUUCCAUCAGCACAACGUCUACUGGAAUCAUGUAUAUGGCUGGCCUACUACUUUUUCCCGCAUAUAAGACCUGGCCCAAACUUGCUGACCACUCAAAAUGGGUUGGGCUACCUCUCAUGGCGACAGCAUUAAUCGCUGCCUCCUUUGCCAACAAUGUGAACCACCUGCUCCUCACCCAGGGAGUUUUGUUCGCUCUUGGUGGAUCAGUCGUAUACUACCCAGCUCUAGUAUUCGUAGACGGUUGGUUCAUUGAGAGGAAGGGGUUAGCGUUUGGGAUUAUGUGGGGUGGCUCGGGCGCUGCCGGCCUAUGCAUCCCUUUCACCAUCAACUGGCUUCUGCAUGCAUACGGUUUCCGCAACGCGCUCAGGAUAUGGGCCGUGGUCAUCACUGUCAUAUCAGCACCACUGAUUUACUUCCUACGGGCACGGAUACCACCUUCCCAGGCUUCGCAGCCAGUUCGCCAGGGCUUAGGAUUCCUCCGAACCAAAACGUUUUGGCUCCUCCAAAUGGGCCUUACCAUGGAAAGCCUGGGGUACUUCAUCCCGAGCAUCUACUUGCCGACUUUUGCACGUUCUCUUGGCUACAGCCCAUCAAUCGGCACGCUUCUUGUUGCCCUCGUAAACGCAGCGUCUGUGCCGAGUACGAUCUUACUGGGGAUGCUGAUCGACCGCUUCCACGUGACGACUGUGGUUAUCAUCAGCACUGUUGGCGCUGUGCUCUCCGUCUUCCUGUUUUGGGGGUUCUCAGAUGCCCUCCCGUUGCUGAUUGUAUUUAGCAUCUUGUAUGGUUUAUUCGCUGGAGGGUUUGUCACCACCAUUUCCGGCAUCGUCAAGGCAGUGAAAGGCCUCGAUGAAACGACGGAUGUUGGCAUACUGCUUGGGAUUUUGUCCGCUGGGAGGGGUAUUGGAGCUGUGGCUUCUGGGCCACUGAGUGAAGCACUGCUCAGCUCUAGGCCGUGGCAAGGCAAGGCCAGUCUAGGGUAUGGAACUGGAUAUGGCGGAUUGAUCGUGUUCACCGGGAUCACUGCGGCAGUGGGCGGAGUGAGUUUCCUUGGAAAGCGACUGGGCUGGAUGAAAGAGAAGGUUUAGCUGCGCAUUUUUUAGCUGCCUCUAUGUGUGCGUGAGCAUGGUUAUGAGUUAUGAGUUAUGAGUUAUGAGAGAUGAUGGGAGGGGGCCGAUGAAAGAUGAGAGGGUGUAUGGGUUUUGAGUGGCGUUUUGGUACAUUUGAAAAUACUCGAGCAAAUAAUAUGACAAUAUUCGACUUAUAUUCACAGAAGAAUUUCCCGGCCUUGGGUAGGUUUGCUGGCGCUCGUUUUUACAUAGCCAUAAGGUAGCGAGCACGUUGUUGGUUCCUGCACCUCCGUUGUUAAAC